AGCAUGUUAAAAUAUAUAUCAGAGUGAAAGGACAUGAUGGAAGACAUAAAAAGAUGACAGUCCAUUACUGGAGUGUGGUGGAAGAUGUUUGGAGAACAGGGCUGAUAAGGAAAAGCUGGCAUACUGGACACUGUAGGAGUGAACUAACUCCAGAAGAUGGCAGUAGUAGUUACACCAUUACGGACUCAAGCUGCCGUUAAACCCCCAAAGAACACGAAGAAGGAGAAUACGCAGAAGCAGCUGCUUUUCAGUCUGGUUGUUUUUGUCGUUGAAUUUUUCAAAAUGAAACACAACUCGAACGUCCCGGCUUUCCUCGUCAAGCUGUGGACGCUUGUCGAGGAUGCAGACACCAAUGAAUUUAUUUGCUGGAGUCAGGAGGGCAACAGUUUCCUGGUGUUGGACGAGCAGCACUUUGCCAAGGAGAUCCUCCCCAAGUUCUUUAAGCACAACAACAUGGCCAGUUUCAUCAGGCAGCUCAACAUGUAUGGAUUUCGUAAAGUGAUGCACAUUGACACAGGCAUUGUGAAACAGGAGAGAGACGGUCCAGUGGAGUUUCAGCACCCCUACUUCAAACAUGGACAGGACAACCUGCUGGAGAACAUCAAACGGAAGGUUUCCAACACUCGGCCUGAGGACAACAAGAUUCGACAGGAAGACCUGACAAAGGUCUUGGAGAGUGUUCACAAUGUUAACAGCAAACAGGAGAACAUCGACAUCAGACUGGGAACACUCAAGAGGGAGAAUGAAGCUCUGUGGAGGGAGAUCGCAGAUCUGAGAAAGAUACAUGUCCACCAACAGCAGCUCAUCAAAAAGCUGAUACACUUCAUCUUCACAUUGGUACAGAACAACCGCAUCCUGAAUUUAAAACGCAAGAGUAAAGUGUUUGACCAGUCUCAUGACAUGUUGGUGUGUCAUCGUCCUUCUGACAGGCCAGUUCUUAUGAACAGCAAUGGAAAGAAGUCCAAAUACAUCCAUCAGAUCUAUGACGACAAAGUGUGUGUGGAACAGUCCUCUGUCAACAGUCUGAACGGUGUGAAGGGCUCGGAGAUAUCAGAUGACGUUAUCAUCUGUGACUUGACUGAGAGUGAUGUCGAGGUGGCGGCUGAGAUCACAGAGGGUUCACCCAGAGCCUACGAGCAAGCUGAUGUAGAAAUCGUGGAGGUAGAGCUGGACAGCUGUGCGGUGCUGCCAGCUGAGACGGAGGUGAGCACCACCAGCACAGAUGACAUGAAACAGACAGAGGCUGGUGCGUCAGCAGCAGCAGACGACAGCCAGCGGAGCAGCACUUUAGACAACAGUGGACCAAACCGCAGUGCCCUGCAGCUCAAUAAACCCUCGGGCCUGAGUCUGGAGGACCCUGUCAAGAUGAUGGACUCCAUACUGAACGAGAACGGAGCGAUAUCACAGAACAUCAACCUGCUGGGCAAGAUGGAGCUGAUGGACUAUCUGGACAGUAUUGACUGCAGUCUGGAGGACUUCCAGGCCAUGCUGUAUGGAAAACAGUUUGGCAUGGACUUUGAUGCCCUCGAGGAGAGCGUGUCCUCCAAAGAGAACUCCUCACAGCUAAACCGAGGCAAGAGAGAGGAAGUCAACCCAGACAAGCAGUUGAUCCAGUACACCUCUUGCCCCCUGCUGGCCUUCCUUGAUGGCAGCAUUCCUCAUCCAGAGCUGGACCUGGGCAGCAGCAGCAGCAGUGGCAGUGGCAGCGACAGCGACAGCUCCUAUAACGCCCACCUCCAGCCCUCUUCCAGCCCUGACGCUCAUGUGGCGGCUGAGCCGCCCUCCGAGCUGCUGGACACCAGCCUGGAGUCGAAGCAGCCGUCCCGCAGCUCCCUGAUCCGCCUGGAGCCUCUGACGGAGGCGGAGGCCAGCGCCGAGACGCUCCUCUACCUGUGCGAACUGAGUCCCGCCGGAGCGGAGGCCGACGCCACCCUGCUGGACAGAGUGUGAGCGGGAAAGGGAACAGGUCCAGACAGACCUCCAGACAGGGACUGACGUGUGUUAAUAUUCCCUCACCUCUUCAGGCCUGAGCUGUGUGUUUGUUGAGAAGCAGUGAGAGAAGUGAAGGAAGAAAGCAACAAAAUAGCUGCAGUUGGUACCGUGUGCACAUUUAACGUAAAAAGCCUUUGCAUUGAAGAUAACAUUUGAGUUCCAGAAGUAAGACCCAUUUUCAUUAAAUAUAAUAGUUUAACAACUUAUGUUAUUUGUUGUGGGAGUUAUAAGUCGGUCAGAACAGAACACACACACACAUCAAACACAUACUUUACAUACAGUAUAUCUGUAUGUGCCCAUUAAGGAGAAAGGCCCAUAAACCUUAGAAAUCAUCUUUUCUCCUCUGUAUCAACAGUAAACCAACUGAUUUUUCUGACAUCAGGACUUGUAGUGUGUUCCAGUUGAACUAGGAAGUCGGAAUUUUUUGAAUUUUCAAAAGUAUUGUUAUCAACUUGGGUGGGAACGCGGUCCCACCCAGUUCUGACCUCCCGACUUCCGAGGUAAAUAAGAAAUCCUGCAUUAUUGGCAACAUUAUACUAGCUGUUUACAUCACCCAAAGCAUGAUGGGAAGUAUAGUCCCAAAACACAAAACAUUUUCAUCCCAAAUGGAAAAA